AUGGCUUGUGUGAUAGCUCAAGGGGCUUCGAAAGUGACUGCAAUGGUAAUGGAAAACAUUGAUGCAAAUUAUUAUGUUUUAUCUGAUACAUCCAAACGUUCUAAUGAAAUAGAAUGUGAAACAGCUAACAAGAUGUGGCAGAUCAAAAUAACCAAAGAUCCAUCUACACUUGCUUCUUCUACCAGUUGCGAUGAUAAAACUGAAGAACAAGAUAAGCAAAUUGAAAUCUAUCUUGUUGAUAUUAAGAAACAGUUAGAAAUGGAGCUAUUAAUUGAAUGGAAAGUUGGCAAUAUAAACAUCACACAAAAGUUUCGUCAGUAUCAACAAAGUAUCAUUAACAAGGUGGUAAGCUAUGGAUUGAAGUGA